CCCCCCUCUCUGUCUCACACGCCGCCUCGCUCUCGCUAGAUAGAUAACCCUAGCUCCCUUCCCCUCCUCUCCAACGCCUCUCACGAUCUCUAUAAAAGACCCCGAAUUCGAACUCCUCCCUCGAACUCGCGACCCGCGCGCUCCUUCCCGCCCAUUUCGGCCUCGAUUUGGCCCGGAUCGGCGCGGAUUUCGGGCAAGGAGCCGUUGGGGCUGGGUGCGGAUUUGGAGGAGGGAUUCGGAUGGCGGAGGCGGGGCUGGAGGGCAGCCAGCCGGUGGAUCUGUCCAAGCACCCCUCCGGCAUCGUCCCCACGCUCCAGAAUAUCGUAUCGACAGUUAAUUUGGAUUGUAAGCUAGACCUCAAAGCAAUUGCUUUGCAAGCACGCAAUGCAGAAUAUAACCCAAAGUAUAUGGUAUGCUGACUUCUCUCAUUGUAAACAGCGUUUUGCUGCAGUUAUCAUGAGAAUAAGAGAACCCAAAACCACAGCACUGAUAUUUGCAUCGGGUAAAAUGGUCUGUACUGGAGCGAAGAGCGAACAACAAUCUAAGCUUGCAGCGAGAAAGUAUGCUCGUAUUAUUCAGAAACUUGGCUUUCCUGCUAAAUUUAAGGACUUUAAGAUUCAGAAUAUCGUUGGUUCUUGUGAUGUCAAGUUUCCAAUCAGGCUUGAGGGCCUUGCAUAUUCGCAUGGUGCUUUCUCGAGUUAUGAACCAGAACUCUUUCCUGGCCUUAUCUAUCGGAUGAAACAACCAAAGAUUGUUCUUUUGAUUUUUGUUUCAGGCAAGAUUGUUUUGACUGGAGCAAAGGUGAGAGAGGAGACGUACACUGCCUUUGAAAACAUCUAUCCUGUACUGACAGAGUUCAGAAAAGUUCAGCAAUGAUGACUUGUGGAGGCCAGAUGCUCCUAACAAGCUUCCUUGAGGUUUUUCUGUUGCGUGACCGUAAAAUUUAACUGUACAUAAAUGUCUGGUGGAGCUUAUAGCAUCUUGUAAUUUAUGUGACCUUCGAUGUGUGUGUUUGUGGUUGGGUGGGUUUGUUGUGGUGGAGACAUAGUUGGUCCAUUUGGUCUUGGUGAUCGGAUACACCUCAUUGGGCGUCUAUUUGAGUAGUUAGUGUGGACUGCAGGGUACAUGCAUGUCACAUGAGGUUGCAGUGUUCACUGAAAUACUAACAAAGAGUUGAGAAAUUUUGCCCUAGUUCGUCUUUGAGACAUGAGUCUUAGUCUUUUCUGAGUAUCUUCCAGUGCACUGUGCAAUGACGAAAAGGCUGGCACUGUGUGUAACAGGGCAAUCGCUAUGUACUGUUGUUACGUUGUGACCGGUUGUCAGUUAUCAGUUGUAUUUGAGAUGUUUUAACGUUUAGGACAGUGGGGGAUUAAUCCUCGGUGGAACCAGUCAGUCAGCCAGCUGGCCAUUGGUCCGGUUUUGUACUGCUGUGGUCGCUGACUGACAUGUAGUUUCUUGUAUUUCUGCUUUCAAAUUUCACUGCGUUUACGAUUAUGAAGUUGUAUGCUAAGUGAAGGAUUGAAUUCUAUUGUGUAAUAACAUAUGGCAUGAGAUUGUAUUUCAUGGUACUCUUGUAUCAUUCGUGUUAA